AAGACUAAAGCUUAUUAAAUCAAGAAAACACUGCAUAUUUUCCAGCAAGUGGACAGGAAAAUGGAAAUAUGAAGAGGCUGCUGGGGUAGAGAAGGAUACACAAUGAAAACAUUAGGAAGAGAGAAUUACAGUGGCAGAGAACAAGGUCUUUGAGGGAGUGUUCAAAGAGCCUGGGGAAAGAACAAAGAGAGGGCUUGAGGUAUAGGGAAGCCCUCUGUGGAUAAGACUCUGGAUAAGUGUUGGAAACAGGAUCGUAAAUCCCAAACCCUAUAGCCUGCAAGCUGGGGCCAGGGUCAGGGAGGAUGAGCACAAAGAGAAGGGUUGAAGAGAAGUGGGAAGUAAAUGAUAACACAGACAGACAGACUGAAAAUAGAGUGAUAAAAGACAUCUUAAUAGUUGAUAGUGAAUGAUUAAUAUUAGAUGUGAUUUGGAUACCUGCUCUAAGGCAUUAUGUUAAAUAUUCUCUUUGCUAGGAGGUGGGUCUGGACAUGGCAACAAUGUCAGGGUCAUGACGCACGGACCAAAUUAAUGUACGCCUAGGUUUGUCUCACACCAGGCAUUCCUCACAUUCUGUCUGCCCAGUAUGUGAAUACAGCUCCAGUGAGUCAUUUAUGCAUCUAAAUACACUAUUGACACCUUCAAAAUGGGGAUGGUGGGUGAUGUCAUCGGCCCUCCUGUGUGGGCGACCUGGAUACUUGUCAAAGCUGAAUUGUCCAUCAGUUGCUAGACACAGUAAUGAAUGAAAAAGUCAAAACAGAGAGGUGAAAAGGGGUUUGCUCCAAAGUACUGCCCCUGUGAUAUGUACCUUUAAUGGAAAGUGACACACAGCCUGUGAAAACAGCUGUAGAAUGUUCUCCUGGAGGAGCUUCAUCAAGUCUGAGGAGGGAAAAAAUGUAAUGAUGUCUUUAUAAAGAGUAAUAAAUGACGCUAGUUAACAUUCCCUUGAUGACAGGUAAAAACCAGGAUAAGACAUGACACUACUUCAGCAAUAAAUCUGGGGAAAGUCUAUAUUUUUGUUCUUGCCAAUACAAAAAAACAAAACCAAUAAUGUGUUACUCUGUUUCUAGACUUUCAGCGUAGCCUCACACUCAGGCCUUAAUUCAGUCUACGCAUCCUGCACUUUCCAUCAUGUACUUAUAUAUGAAUGAUGGUGUCAUUCACUAUUUCUUUUCAUAUUACUGCUUUAACAAAACACCUUCAUCUGGUUCAUUCACCAGCCCAAUUAGGACAUACAUACUAUUUCAAAUAUAUUCUUCAGAGAUGGAUAAUUACUGACUCAGGAAUGUGCAUUGGCUGAGGCUGGGGAUCUAUGUGUGUAUGUUGGUUUGUACACAUGUGUGUGUGUGGGUUAUCACAGCACAGGUGACGUAUGUUUUCAGUGGGCUUUAAUAAUGCGGGACAGUGAGUGUGUAGGAAAUAAGCUAUGCGUCCUGGUGCUGUCCUGCUGUUAAACAUGUUGACAACAAUGUUUCUGUCAGCGCUCCUGAUGCUAGGAGGUCUCAGAGGGGCAACGGCAUCUGACCUCCAAGUCUACGGGAAAUCAAUCCACAGUGAUAAAAGUUUGCUGAGCAGCGAUGGAGGAAAACACACUGUGAGGAAACCACUACACAAACCGACACAAAAGGAAAUCCGGAGGAGUUUGGAUCUCGAGAGCUUCAACAUACACGUAACCCCCACCACCAGGAAAACCAACCUCCCGACCAUCAUCAGGCUCUAUCCACCCACUGCUAUACCUCUCCACCUGCACGCCAACAUGCCAUUGCGCUUUGGAAGGGGGAGUGAUCCCGGUGACGACAGGGCACCAAACUCAACACCCAACCUGCCCCAGAGGUUUGGAAGGUCCUGGGAGUUUAGUCAAAGGUGUACAAAGUGUCCUCAUGUCCGAGAUGCGAUAAACCCAGUGCUGCCGCAGAGAUUUGGGAGAAAUAUAGCAUACUGGAGCCUUCUUAGGACUCUGGCUAAUCAACAGUUACUGAACAUUGGCUUGCGAUGGGCUGAAGACUCAGAAGAGGAGAUGGAAGAAAAACAGUUGUAAAUGAAAGGGACUAUACAGGCUGACACCGAGGUCUACUGCAGAAUGUAAACAUCAGCAUGCAGUGUUUUUACAGUAAAGACAAAUGGUUAAAGUCAAAUGUUAAAAAGCUUAUUGAGUUGAACAAUUUAGAUUAUUUAGUCCUUUUAAAUGAAGUUAUAGGAUAUGUGAUGGAAAAAACAUUUUAAAUGAUGAUAAAAAAAAAUUGAGCUUUUUUGUUUGUUUUAUAAAACGAUGAUAUUAAAUCCACCUUGACCUCAGCAUCAAACAGAGGCAUGUGCUUUUUAUAUGACCUCAAACCUCAUA